AGCGUGUGCCCCUCCGAACGGAAAUUGAGACGUCGAUGAUUUCCAACCUGUGAUUUUACGGAGCCAGCAGAGCACGAGAUUGUUACUCAAGACAAUGGCAGACUCUAGUCGCACAGAGGAGAAAUAUGAGCUCGUCUUCGAGCCAGACCACUACGCCGAAGAAGAACUCGACGACCCCGAGCCCAUCAAUAAGGACCUCAUCAGCGACACUACCGUGAGAGAUUGUCGGGUAAUCGCAUCUGUACGCUGUGUCGAGUACGGAAAAAUUGGAGCGGGGGACGGCAUCCUACUCGUAUUUGCCUUUGUCUUCCACCCCGUCCGGGCGCGGGUCAAAGAGGCAGACAUCGAGCUGCAAUUCAAUAACCGCAUUAUUUCUACCCUCCAGCCGCAGGAAAUCAACGAUAGAGAAAGUGAAGUGACCAUCCGCAACAAACUCGAGGGGCGGUUUGACCUAAGCCACCCUCCAGUUACGGUGGGCUUGACGGCGUCACAGGAGAGAGAAAGGGUUCAAUCGUACACUCGGUCAAUUCGUGGAUCAGGAGUUGAGACUGAGCUGGCUAUAUGGACCUUACGCGAAAAUUCGGACCAGAGGGGCGGUGUGCACCUCGAUUUCAUCGCAGUGGUUAUCCUGAAGGGAGGCGGGGAAGUGGAAGUAGAUAUUGAAGUGCGGGCCCAGCUUGGAGCCAACCUGAAGGAUCCAUUGGGUAUUCGGAAGAUCAUUUCCCAGCGUUCGAUCAAAUUUGACGGUGGAAUCAGUCGAGGACGGAGGCCAGAGGGAUUGAUCAUCCCUCCGGACCUUUUUGUGAAGGAUCCGAUGUGAAGAGUAACUUGCGUUCCAUUUAGUGAAGACACAAACUCGACGAAACCCUUCUAGGACAUUCGACAAAUGUGAGUGCACAAAGGAAGUGUGUUUUUGGAUUUGAUUGCAACGGGUUGUCGGAGUCGAAGGUAUGAGGACAGCAUGCUUUCAAAUCUGCUAAGUUAGCAGCAGACUAACCCUUACGAUCAAUGUAUUUCUACAUAAUAAGAGGUUUGAAUGGGUUUCAGGUAAGAG